AUGCACUCUUUUGCGAUCGCAUGCUGCCUGGCGCUGUGCCUCCAUGAGGCAGGAGCUGCAGCAACCACUGGUGGACGUCGGCUGGACAUUGUCAACCGAUGUAGCCGCCCCAUGGUCAUCGCUCCUACUGGAGGCAAUUCUGAGAUCCCAUGUGGCAGCGGCUGCCCGGGUGGCAUGACUUGCAAUCCGAAGACGACACAAUGCUACUUCGAUCUCCAUCAGCCAGGAGAAGACUGGACGAUAGCUCCUGGUGAGACACUGGUCAUGCACACGCCUAACGAGGCGGUUCAGCAAGGCAACGGGAUCUUUGCCGAGUGGAGCGGGAAGAUCGAGUUCUACCCGAACCACACUCAGGAUGGCGGAUUAAUCCCAUCUGCUUUCUGCAACAACCAGGACUUCUGUCCGUCCUAUCAGGGGCUCAACGGCGUGGCUACUGCCAUCGAGUUUACUUUUGUCCCAUUCGGCCCAGACUACUACGAUGUCUCCAUCAUCAACGGCUUCAACAUUGGAAUUGAGAUGAAGCCCAAUUCCGCCUUCACGCAGACGACGGAGGAAGCCGCUGGCAGCUUCGAGGGCUACAACUGUGGGAGUGCUGGUGCCUUCCAUCAGCCGGACCCCCGCCUGAGUGCCUGGGCUCUUUCUUCGCUCAGCGCCCGAUAA